UUUCAAGUUUUAAUUUUGAUUUUUUGUUUUAAAAUAAACAUAAUGAAUAUUUUGCGGAAAACGCGACUAAUAGGAGCGAAGCCAUUUGCCGCCUUGCCUCGAGAAAAUUGUCAAUAUCCUGGGCUCUUGGAUAGGGAAUGCCUUAAGAAUAAAAUCACGAAACUUACCUUUCCUUCUGAGGCGUCGGAUGCUUUCUUUCGUGACUCAUGGAGUUACUAUGCCAGUGAUUGCAAAACGCGUUUGCGUAAUAUACGUGAAGGCAUUUGGCAAAACAUUGACCAUGUCAUUCCAUUCCAUAAAAGAAAAGCAUCAUCCGCAGCAUCAACGUUCUUUCAGGAACCAAGGCUUAAUCCCUUAUUAUGUCCUGCACCUGAUAAUAACUUCAAUGUGGAUAGAGUGUACAAGGAGUUUCUCAAAUGCUUUCAUCCAGAACGAUCCUUAGCUUUGGACAGAAAAAAGAAGGUCAAGCCUGAACCUAAAAUCAAGCCAAAACCGAAACCCACAAUUAAUCAAUACUCAAAUGAAGCUGCUAAAAUGCAUUGUAAAUAUACUCCAAGUUAUCAGAAACCUCGCUUUGCAAGUUGUCACAUAUUCAAAUACGUCACGGAUAGGCAAUUGUUGGAAUGGGAGAGGGAGGCCAAUGAGACAAAAGAGGUUAUCAAGCAAACUAAAGAUCCGUAUGUCAUGAGAGAACUCACAAAAAGAUUAAAUCGUUUGAAUAAAUUAAAAGCAUUGAGAGCUCUAAAUACACCUGAUAUGGAAAGAACAUCAGAGUCUAUCCCAAAAGGCAAAGAAAACAAAAAAUUGCUUAAAGACAACAAGCGAAUAUCACCCAUCACCAAAGGACCAUAUCAUCCAGAUAUUGAUUCUCCGAAACGUUUUCAAAUAAAACAGCCCAGUUUGAAGAGCCUGCCAGAGCCAAGAGCAAGGCAGAAUAGUUAUCCACUUUCUAUAGCCAAGAAAAAGUCAGCAAAAUAUUCGGUUAGUAGUAUAAAAAAUAAAAAUGUUGAUAGCUCUACUGAAUCCAGCAUCUACUUGGAUACCACUCCUAGAAUCAAGAAAAAGUCUGCAAAAUAUUCGGUUAGUAGUAUAAAUAAAAAUGUUGAUAGCUCUACUGAAUCCAGCAUCUACUUGGAUACCACUCCUAGAGUCAAGAAAAUGUCUAGAAAAGAUUCGCGUUAGCACAGUUGAAGGUUCUAUUGAAAUGGUUACGGACACUCCUCAUUCUCAUGAAGCG